AAGAAAUAUCAAGAGUAGAAGCAAAUACAAGUAAUAGAAGUAGACAAAAAGAUACAAAAGUAAUAAAAAGUCAAAGUAAAAGUAAAAUAAAAAAAGAAAGACAAUUUAGAUUAGAAUUAGAAAAAAUAUAA